AUGGCCAUAGAUGAACCUGAAUUUCUACUGUUUGGAGCAGCCACAAAUGCUGCAGCUUGGGGCCAUCAGCUAGGAUUUCCAUCAUCCUCCAUGCUGCCAAAUGCCAGCCCUGCCUGGCCAUCACUCAGCAUGCUUGCACCAUCCUGGGACUCCCCACCACUUUCACCAGAGGUGCAGCCAUCUGCUGCUGAUCAACAAUGGGAGUUGUGGCAAGCAAGUCAUUCCAUGCCAUCCUUGGCUGCCAUUGCACCUAGCUGGGAUUCACCAACAUCUUCCCCAGCAGUCUCACCCCCACCUAGAUCAACACCAGCAUCUGCACAGAUUCCACAGACUGAGCCAUCUCCCCUGGAGCAUGGAUGUAUGGAUGAGCAGUUAUAUGGUGUGGCAGCCUCUGAGCCACAGCCCAUCCUGGCUACAUCACAGCAACCAUCUCCACAGCCUACAGCCACUGAUGCUGCCACUGUGACUUGGGUAUACAAGAAAUUCAUGACAAAGGGCCAAUUACAACAUUGGAAAAAGCAUGGCAACUUGCAGUUCUUCUCUCAGGACUGGCUGAUGAACACCCACUGUCACACACCAAAGGUGUUUGGUGAGGUGGACAUGGAUACAGCUGAUGAAUGGAGAUGAAGACCAUAGCCCUCAUGUGAAGAAGGACAGCCAGAAAUGUCAGCAGUCAUCCCUCACACAAGAAUGAGUCAUCAGUGCCAAAGAAAAAGAAAGGUGCUCAGCCAUGCAAUCCUACCUUCCAAAAUUGGAAAGGAUUUGCACACUCUACAUGUUUCUACAGCACUCCCUCCAAAAGACUCUCAUUUUGCUAAUUCUUCUGAUAUGGCCA